GCCAUUAUUUUCCGGACCAGCGUGGAAGUUUGAUAGGUGAUUCCAUCGUUCGAGCCCUUUGUCUAGCCCAGGUCGAACCGAGGGAAAUCGGGGAGCGCUAAAGACACUGAUCCUUUGGCACCAGGCUGUCUCUAUAUCUGAGACACGAUUCAUUCCCAGAGUCCCCACUUUUAGUUGGCAAAUCCCCCCCAUUUGUGUUACCACCAGUCCGUGAUAAGGGUAAGGGAAGCACCGCCCGGAAAUAAAACCAAUGGCAACCGCAUCACCACAACCCCGGACCCCGGGCCGGACUCAGCCUUCCGCAGAAGUCCCUCCUGUCGUCACCGAUACGAAAGAUCAACGCAGAACAUCCUCCCUAGGUUUCCUCCGCCGCUCCAAGUCCAUAGAGCUCCUAGGUGAGAGGAGGUCCUCCGGAAGCAAGAACGGCAAGAAGAUACCCCAGCCAGAGGACGAGGUUCGCCGUCAACGCGACUCCGUCAUGUUUCAACAGCCUCCCCGUCUUCCAGACCUCUCGCCUGCCCCCGUCCUUGAGACUUUCGGCGGCGAUGAGCGCCAGGACACCGUGACUGCGCUUUCGAGCCAGGCCUCUCCGCCCCAGCAACAGGCCACACCCCGCAGUGCGAUAAGCACGCCCGUCACCUCGGAGCCCAACGACACCAAUGCACGAACGGAGAGCAUGACGCAUCGCGGCCGCUAUAGCUACGCGAGUAGUGCUGUCAGUAAUACCGUCAACAACCCGCGUCGGCUGCGUCGGCGCAAGGACCCAACCCCGUACAAUGUCCUCGUCGUUGGUGCCAGUAACUCAGGCAAGACCUCAUUCCUCAAUUUCCUCAAAAAGUCUCUCGAACUGCCACCGCACAAGCACCCCUCUCGCUUGCCCGAGGAAGUCCAACAGCAAGCCCACCAAUCCUCCGCCAACGAAGGCUACGUUUCCCACUACUUGGAAACAGAGAUCGAUGGCGAGCGCGUGGGACUCACCCUGUGGGAUUCCCAGGGGCUGGAGAAGAACAUUGUUGACAUUCAAUUGCGUGGGGUGACUGGCUUCUUGGAAAGCAAGUUUGAAGAGACUCUGAGGGAAGAAAUGAAGGUCAUUCGCUCACCCGGAGUUCGAGACACCCACAUCCACUGUACGUUCUUGAUUCUGGAUCCUGUGCGCCUGGACCAGAACAUAGCGGCUGCUGAGCGGGCUGCCCAGGGAAUCCCUAGAGCAACUGACUCACCCGUCGUUGGGGUUCUGGACGAACGCCUUGAUAUCCAGGUUCUGCAGACUAUAGUGGGCAAGACAACCGUUGUCCCGGUCAUCAGCAAAGCAGAUACAAUCACCGCCCCACACAUGGCAUACUUAAGGAAGGCCGUGUGGGAUAGCUUGAAGAAGGCCAACAUCGACCCUCUGGAGAUCCUCUCUCUAGAUGAUCAGGACGAGUAUACCUCUUCGGAGAGCGACGACGAAGAUGCAGACGCCAAAGAUGAAGACGCGGACGCCUCAAACACCGAGGAAGCCGCACACUCCAGGUCCCCACGCUCGCCCUCUGAACGCAGCCAAUCCACGCGCAAAUCAUCCGGAUCCCAAGCUGUUGUCCAGCAUAUUCCAUUCUCGACCCUGUCCCCCGACCCGUACUCGCUGAAGGCCGGCGAUGAACCGGUUGGACGUAAGUUCCCAUGGGGUUUUGCUGACCCGUACGAUCCCGAACACUGCGAUUUCCUCAAGCUCAAGGAGGCCGUGUUUAGCGAGUGGCGGUCUGAGCUUCGAGAAGCGAGCCGGGUGGUCUGGUACGAGAGAUGGAGAACUAGCCGCCUGAACCGUAAAGUUGCGACCCCCAGCCCUGCUCAGCAGAGGAAGUCGUUUGGGGGAAGAACGGGGCCCGACCCGCGUCGGUACCGGUAGUGACUGCCGCCGGCAAUCAUCCAAGCCUUGCGUCGGCGAACCGCAACCGAAUGCGCGAGCCAUCUUCUAUUCUAUCUUGACUGAUACCUGAAUUUCUUUCAUCGCUUGCUGC